GAGACAUCUUGACUUAACACGGGUAUGUUCACUGUCCCUUCUUUCCUGGCCGCAGCGCACCGCUUUCGACGAUCUCGCGCCCUCUGUAACGGGAAAUCUCGAGUGCAGCCGAGCUCAGGUGAGUCGUCGCCAUCGGCGCCGGAGGUGAGUCAGCAGGGCGAGACGGGCGGGGGAACUCGCGUCGCCGGAAGCUGCCGCACCAAAUUUGGAUCGCGGCCGGCGACUGACGGGAGGCGCGGGACCGGGCGGGGUUUCCUCGGGCUCAGGAGGCGAAACCAGGAGGCGAAGUUUCUGGAGCCGACAAAGUGACGAGAGCCGGGUCGAAGAGGUUUGUGCUAAAUCAUCCUGACCAGACCGGAUCGACCAAUCACCUGCCUGCUCUGUGACCUCGCCGGUUCGACUGCUGAUAUUGGUCAGAUCAUUGACUACAGUGUAAGGUUGCCUGCGUCUUUGAUCCUGGACUUUGUGAUCACUGUCUGACCAAACAGAAGAACUCCCAUCACUGCUGCUGGACUACUGAUCCCUGCUAUUGAUCGCUGAUACUUGAUUAUUGGUCUCAGCUGAACCAGACACAAGCAGUCGAUUCCUGAUGAUAAAGGAAUAUUUGUGGAACUCAAACUCCUGAAAACAACAAAAGCAACACAGUUAAGCUGAUUUUUGUUGUUCAGCUGACCCCUUACUAGGACUUUGAUCGGCUGACGAACGGCAAAAGCUCUCUUCUUAUUGGUCACGCGAUCAUUAAGACUUGCUAUAGGAGAAACAACCCAACACGCAGCUCAAUGGCAGCGUCAGAACUGAUCAAGGACAAUGAUGAUGUUCGCCCCCAUGUGGAAGCUAAUGUGACCACGACAAAUCCACCCAUGCCUCCUCAUCCUCCAAGGGUGGCCAACGGUAAACCGACACGCCACAUUUCCUCGCCGACGCCAGCCACCGACGCCCACGACGGCAAAAAUAAACACGAGCGCAGCAAACUGAGCAGCCUGUUCCAACAGAACCAGCUGAUCCACUCUCUGAGCAGCGGACUGAGGCGACACUGCGACUACGUCAAGAUCACCGUGCCGGAGGAGCGAGCGAACUGCCUCCCGACGGAGUGGUGGAAGACGGGAGUGGCCUUCCUCUACGCCCUGUUCAACCUCGUCUUCACCACCGUCAUCAUCACAGUCGUCCACGAGAGGGUGCCGGACAAGUCGGUGAACCCACCGCUGCCCGACAAGUUCUUUGACUACAUAGACCGAGUGCCCUGGGCCUUCACCGUCACCGAGGUCAACGGACUGAUCCUGGUCGGACUCUGGCUCAUCCAGUGGAUCUUCCUCAAACACAAAGCUAUAGUGGGCCGUCGUUGCUUCUUCCUAAUCGGGACUCUCUACAUGUAUCGAUGUGUCACCAUGUAUAUCACCACCCUGCCUGUGCCUGGAAAACACAUGGUCUGCGCUCCAAAGCUGUACAACGACUCGACGGGGAAAAUCUGGAGGAUUUUGAGGCUGAUCUCAGGAGGAGGUUUGUCUCUGACCGGCUCUCACUUGAUGUGUGGAGACUUCCUGUACAGUGGCCACACCGUCAUGUUGACCCUGUCCUACCUUUUCAUCAAAGAGUACUCUCCGCGGUGGAUGUGGUGGUACCACUGGCUCUGCUGGUUGCUCAGCGCCUCGGGGGUCGUCUGCAUCCUGAUCGCCCACGAGCACUACAGCAUCGACGUGGUGAUCGGGUACUUCGUCACCACCAGGAUCUUCUGGUGGUACCACACCAUGGCCAACACACACGCGCUGCGUCAGGCUCCAAACAACUACCUGUCGAGGACGUGGUGGAACCCGGUCUUCGGCUUUCUGGAGAGGAACGUCCAGACGACGGUUCCCAUCGUGUUCUCGUGGCCGGUGCCCCUGCCUUCAUCCUGCAGACAGAGAUACAGGAUGGUGGAGGGGGGCAGGGACGAGUGAGGACCGAGGGGAGGAGGGGGGAGGAAAGAGGACAUAAGUGACCCGAGUGACGGAAACAGAGUCCAUCCCCCGUGGCUCCGAAAGGAGAGGACAGAGGGACGGACACACAGAAGGAGCGUACGCACCUCUGUCCCGACUACUGAGGACGAGGAGGCGCAGAAAAGGUGUUACGACGUUUACAUUAUCAUGAUCACCUGCCACUUAUUUAUCAGCACAGAUUAAUCAGCCAAACGGCAAUGAUGCAGUUCAUCUUCCUUCCUUUUACCUGUGAAAUGUUCAGACGUGUGGAUCAAUACAUGGUGUGUUCAGCGGAAGUUCGAACGCUCGACCUCAAAGGCUAAAUGUCAGGAAAACAAGAGGUGUGACUCUGAGGUGAAACAAGUCACAAGUGGUGGAAAAUGUGUCUCAUUUCACUGCUAGGUGCUAAUCACUCACUGGCCUCCACGGAAUCAUCCGGAAUCAUCCGGAAUCAUCCGACUGCUUUGUGUUACUCGAUGACACAAAAACAAGCCCUUAAGUUGUUAAGCGGCUGAGGACACAGUGACACUGUCGCACAGUUGAAGGUGUGUGAUGGGAUUUGAGCAUUUCAUUAAAAAACACCUUAUCAGACACGUUUAAAAUACUACAAGUUCUAGAAAGGAGCAAAAGAUGAUGAUCAAAUUUCUGUCGGAGGCUUUUGAGGGAUUUCAGGGAUUUAUCAUGGCAUUCAUUCACCUUUUAUUUCUGCUGUCAGGAUUAGGGCUGCAACUGAUGAUUGCUUUCGUCUCCGAUUACCUACCGAUUGUUGGUUUAGUCUGUGAAAUGUCAAAAAAACCCCAAAAAACCUGUCAAAAAAGACCCGACGGGGCUUCGCAGAGCCGGACGAGACGUCUUCAAAUGUCUUGUUUUGUUCGACCAAGAGUCCAAAAAUAUUUGGGUUACAAAGAUGUAUGACCAAGAAAAUGAGGAGAUCAUCUCAUUUGAGAGGCAGGAGUCAGAGAAUAUUCGGCAUGUUUCGCUGUUUUUGCUUGAAAAACCACUGAAAAGAUUGAUCAAAAAUAGUUGCAGAUCAUUUCUCUCUCAGCAGACUAAUCAAUUCAUUGACUAAUAGUUUGGGCUCGAGUCAUGAUAAACAUCAAAUCUCUGUCUCGACUGAAGGUUUAAAACAGUCUCAGAUGCCAUAAAAGUCUCGAGAGGCGCAACUAAAUAUAAUAAUAAUAAAAAUCUACCGUACGAACGUCCGAGAUUCUGCCACGACGGAGUUAAAAUCAUAGACGUGGUUUUGUGCUCUUCAUGUUCAGGUAACAGGGCGUAACGUAGUGAAGUCGAGGAGUGGACACAUCCUGCAGCUCAAACAAAGACGGAUCAACCAGCUGAAGUGGUCAAGUCCCGUUAGAUAAAGUAACUGAGCCUCGGUACCAAUACUCGAACCGUACGUUUUCAUACCCUAUUUUGAGAAAUUCGCUUCAUUUCCUGUAAUAAUUGAAUUUGAUAGAAGAAGCUGAAGUUGUCGAAACACAAGCUGCCGUGCACCAACUUCACUGAACUAAAUACAAACUAAAACUGGCAAAAGGCACCAGGGACCGUAUGUUCAAGUAAUAACCAAACAAGAGAAAAACCGUCUGUCGAUGUGCUUCCUGCGCUCAGAACUCAGCAGAGGUGGAUUUAUUAACGACUCUUGAUUUUAUUUUUAAUCUCUUGCAGAGGAUAGCAGUGUUUCGUGUGUUCACUGGGCGUGUCAGACAAAAACCGAAAGAGUGAUGCCAACGAAGCUAAAAGCGCGGCGUCUCUCUCUCGACAGAAAAAUUAUUUAUGUUUGGUUGGUAAGAGCGCCAGAUGUUUGGGACCAAAGCUAACCUGCCAACUACUUAACGACCUAAUUUAAGUUGGGUCUUCAUCAACUAGACAGUGAAAGCACUUCUAUGUGAAUUAGUUGCAGUCAGCCGCAUGCUAGCUCAUUAACCCAAACAACUUCGAUGAGUGAUGCCGACAACCCUUAAAAAAUACGUGUCGUACACGAAAGGCAGAGGCAUUGUCGCUCAACAAAGAAAAAAGAGGCCAAAGGUUUAAAUAUAGAGAUGAUUUCUCGCUGUUUUGGUUUGUUAGCUAGCCAGAGACUCACGAACAAAGCUAACAAAGCUAGCGACAGCGUGCGAGUCCGGAGUGUAAGUUAAAGAUCAAUGUUGUAUAUGUUUUCCUGUACUUGAUUAUCGUUGUGUAAGUUAUAUUUUCAAUCAUGUCUUAUUAUAUUUUUAUGGCUUUAUUUUUUUUUACUGUAUAACGAAUCAGUGAAACCAAAACCGUCUGUAAGCUUUAGAUUCACCCCAAACUCCCUUUUAAAAUGCUGCUGAAUUUAAGUCGUUCUAAUGAAGGUUGUCGUCGUGUAAAGUUCCAGAGCAAAUUUUAUAAAAGUGUUGCCUGAUGUUCAACGUGGAAACAUUCACAUCUGUCCUUGUUAAAGUUGACUUGAAAAGUGUCAUCAUCCAGAUGUUUGCUUUGAUAAUAAAAGAUUUAUUUUCAGUCAA